GGACAGUCGUGUUCGAGACGGCGGCGCGGGCAGGUUUCUCCGCAGCGGACAGACGCCACCACUCCAAGAGAGAAAGAGAGAGAGAGAGGAGAGGGAGAGAGAGAUAGAGAGGCUCUUCCUGUAGGCCACGCCUCCCAAGAGGAAGCGAAAGUUGAGUUUCAGGGAGCUGCUGCUUUGGCUAAGUUAUGGGCUGCUUCGACUGGAUUGUACUCGUCUGGCAAGUUGUGACUGAAAUGUUAAUUACUUUCUGUCUUAUCAGCUGGGAGUCUAUAAGAUGGCUAGUGCCCAGAAGGCAGAAGUCUAUAGAGGGUCAAGUUGUACUGGUGACUGGUGCUGGCCACGGUAUAGGCAAAAACAUUGCCCUCCACAUGGGGAAGCUACAAGCGACAGUGGUGUGUUGGGACAAAGAUGAAACCAGCAAUUCAAGCACUGCGCAGGAAAUCAAUCAUUUGGGCGGCCGGGCUGUCGCGUACACAGUGGACGUGUCGGAGAGGGAGCAGGUGAUGGAAGCUGCGAGGCAGACAGAGAAGGUAGUCGGCCAUGUCGCCAUGCUGAUCAACAACGUGGGCGUGUACCCGGUCAAGCAAAUUCUCGACUGGAGCCACGCAGACCUCUCUGAACUCGUCCAAGUGAAUUUUUUCUCACAUUUUUGGACUCUUCAGGCGUUUCUCCCUGGAAUGAUCAGCCGGAACAAUGGCCACGUGGUUGCCAUAUCUUCGGCGGCGGCCAUUGCCCCAGUCGCCAGCGAAGUACCUUACUCCGCCUCUAAGGCUGCGGUCACAGCACUGAUGGAUGGAAUGCAACAGGAAGCAUAUUUCGACAGCAAGUGUAAAAUUAAGUUUACAACUGUUCAUCCGUACUACACAGCGACAAGAAAUGACCUGCCUGUGAAGUUUGAAAUCAGAUUUGACCGUUUGAGCCCUGGCUAUGUUUCUGCUGAGAUCGUUAAAGGGAUACUCCAAGAGCGAGAAAUGGUCAGCGUGCCACGUUUCAUGCUGUUUUGGAUUUAUUUCAUGAGGUGUCUGCCGCAGAAAGCGCGACACCGCUGGCGGGAGGUGUUCUACACACGCGUGCACCCGGAGCCAGAAAGCACCAAGCUCCUGGUCGAGAAGGAAGGGACUACAUUCGUGGGAGCAGCCCUGGAUGCGAACGCGAGCGUUGAGGGUUCGAGAGGUUACGUCAACGAGGCCAACACCAUCGAAGAGCUGGAGGACUGCCGCGGUGACCACAACUCGAUUCAAGGAAGCUUGGACGAUAGUCAGUCUCAGUCUCAGAUUGUGACCGUUAGGUUAUAGACAAACUCCACAGGACUUCCAUUUUUUUUUAUCCUUGAGUGGACAUUCAAGCUGUUUAUUGACAUAUUGCUGUAUCUUAUUCAGGGGCGCAACAACUAAGUUUCCAAAAGGGGGGGGCAAUAUACCUUUUUAUAAAGAAUCAUCGAUCCCCUCUAUUGAAGCAGGGGGUCCGGGGGUCCUCCCCCGGGAAAAUUUGUAUUUCAAGGUGGAAAAUGGUGCUAUUUAAGCAGUUUUAUUAUCUAAAAAUUGAUUACACAGCACUUUCUUUGCCCCCGUUUGCCCCCACUUCAAGGUUUCAGAGGGGGGGCAAAAUACCCUUGCCCCCCCCCCCCCCCUGUUGUUGUGCCCCUGAUCUUAUUAACAUUGGUUAUUAUAAAAAAUAGUUUAUAAA